AAUGAUAACGAUACGGCAUUUUUUUGCGUUUAAUACGGACGUAUUUAGAUGUUUCAUUAUAAUUAAUUUAAAAAUUAAAAUUUUAAUUUAGAUUUAUCAGUUUACUGUUUUUCCGGAAUAUUUUAGAGAAAUCGAGGAUAAUCGAAUCGUUUCACGAUGAAUCAAGCAGAGGUUUCGCAGUUAGUGUCCAAACUGAGAAUACGCGUCAAUCCUCGGCAUAAGAAUUUAAAAUGUCCCGAAGGACCACAGGGUCGAUUAAAUAAAUUGCGUAAGACCGUCAAUGCUCUGUUUAAAUACGAACGUUUAGAAUUGAAUUAUACCUUGGCCGACGAGACCAGAGGGUACGCAGAACGAUUGAUAUCCGAAGCCAUUAGGCAUGGGGAUACACACAAACCAACCAUGGAGAUGGCCGACUAUUGGAUAGAAGAGAAACAGUUGAUUCAUAAAUUAUUCAAAGUACUGGUACCGCGGUUUAAUGACUAUCAGACUUCGUACACAAUGUUAUACCGGGCGCCAAAAGCAUACCCAGAAAACGUGUAUCCCCGUUCUGUUCUAGAACUUAGAGGCAAUCCGUUUCCAGCAAUUCUACCUCAACGAUCAGAUCAAAGAAAUUUUAUACACAAUGUUCUAUUGGAUGAAGCUAAGAAGGCAUAUAGGGCUGAGAAAUAUGAGGAGAUAACCAAAUCUCUCGAAGAACAACGGGAUGAAUAAAUCCAUAAUGCUAUAUUGUUUUGUGUAAAUACAGUUGUUAGUUAGAAAUACUUUAUUAAAAUCUAUGCAUUUUCAUGGUA